AGUGGUAUGGCAAGUUUAUCUGUCCCAGGGAGGUCCUACACCCUACUGACAGUGGUUUGGCAGGUUUCUCAGUCCCAGGGGGUCCUACACCCUACUGACAGUGGUAUGGCAGGUUUAUCAGUCUCAUAGGGUCCUACACCCUACUGACAGUGGUAUGGCAGGUUUAUCAGUCCCAGCGGGGUCCUACACCCUACUGACAGUGAUAUGGCAGGUUUAUCAGUCCCAGGGGGUCCUACACCCUCCUGACAGUGGUAUGGCAUGUGAUUCAGCCCCAUGGUGUCUGUUUUCACACUGAUGUGCUCGUCUGUCUGUUUAGAUGUUGUUUCUUGAAGGGUUUUCAGGCUCCUCUGUAACAGUUCGUUCUUCACUCUUCAAUAAUAGCAAUGCAUUGGAGCAGCUGUCCAGCAGAUAUUUCACAUGAUUCCCUUUGAUUGGAAUUGAAGCAGCUCACUGUCACUCUGUCACUGUGUAAUAUUGCAUUAUACUGGAGAGGGAUCCUGGGUUUGUCUGCAGGCAUUGCUCUCUGAUGAAAGCCUAGCUGACGGAUGUCAGAGUGUUUUAAAAUGCAGAAGAAACCAGUUUGCAGUUCUGAGUGUGGCUCUUAAUUAUUACCAAUGUUUCUGAUUAUUUUACAGUCGCUCCUGAGUUAAGCAACAUCACUUGUGUUGAAAUUCUGUAAAAUGUCACUUUUGAAUUCAAUAAGAUCAUGGUGUGUUUUUGAUUGUAUUUAUUUCUGUUCAUUUUCACAGUAAAAUAAAUCCAUUAUAUGUUUCAAAGGUUUAGUAUAAAAAGUCUGAUUCCAAUCCCACACCUCUUACCACGCAAUCCCCUCCUCACACACAUCAUGUGUUAUAUAUUAUAUUUGAAAUGGUGAGGAUACACAGGUCCGUAAGGAAAGAUCUCUUCUGACUCACUCCAGGAUUUCUCAUGCAAACCCAUCACGUGUCCUGUAUAUAGGACUGGGUUCUUGGAAGGAGGUGGGAUUGUUUGUGUGGCCAGUGUCCCGCCCGCAUUCAGAGUCUCUACUGGGAAUGGGCCUGUCCCAUUGGAAGAAAGCUUCAGUCUUGAAGGAGCGCUGUGACAGAGGGUGCCAUUCUCAAACUCCUGUCCCACUCUCUCCUCUCCGCCCCUCUCACACUGAUUCAGCAGUCUCUGCUCAGCCUGCUUGUCUAAACCUGGCCUCAGUCUCAAACCCCGCCUCUUAGAGCUUUAUAUAACUCCUGGAAUUAAGAAACACUGGUAAGUUUCGUUUCUUGUGAAACCCAUCCCUGUCUCUGUAUCAUCUCAACAGAAACAGCAGAAGCACAUAUUGUGAUUCCAACCCAGGAUCACACUUCAUGGUGAAUCGAGGGUAUUGACACAACUAUUCCAAUGGCUGGAGUUCCAUCCUUCUUAUAUUCCUGUACAGAACUAGACACUCUAACACAGCAGUCAAACACAUUGUUAAUACUGUGAUAAAUCAGGAGAAAUGGACAGUCUAAACAUGGAAACAAGCUUGUUCUUGUUAUUCCACUUGUUCUCCUUGUUGAAGAAGAAAACUCCCCUCCCCUCCAAAAACAACUGAGAACUGAAGUGGGGGCAUUUCUGUCCAUUUUACCCACUCAGAUCCAUCGCUUUCUAAAUAUAUUAGUGCAUCUGAAAAGAUAAUAGCACCGUCUUCAAAUACAAGGUAAAGAUUGUCAGAUUGUCAAAGUAUUUUAUUUUCACAAUGACAAUAAAUAAAUAAACUAAUUUGAAAUGAAUAAAUAAGUCUGUAUUUAAGUUUUAAUAUAAGAGAUAAGAUUUUCAAUUUGCACUUCAAUCAAAACAAUGUAAUGGUUUUAAAUUUGAUCAGCAAUAACUGCAUGUAAAUAUUUUUUAUUAAAGAAAUACAAUUGAAAAUAGGUUGAUUAAAGUAUUGUUUAUAUCAUCUAUAUAUUCUUAAUAUUACAUUUCUGAUCUUUAAUAUCCUAGUAUGUGUGUGCUGAAUGAUUCAAUGUGAUUUUUGCUUAGAUCUUUAUUUGAAAUGCUUACUAACUAUUUCAGCAACAAUUGCCUCUGAAAACUCUUAUCCAGGCUGAUUGUGUGGAUUCGAGGUGGGGAAGCAUAUUGGCGGUGCGCUGGGCACUAAAGUCCACAGGGUAAGCAUUGUGCACUGCAGCCCGUGCAACAGUCAUACGCUUCCCCACAAUCAGCCUCCAGGAGUCUUUUCAGAAGCAGUGUUUUGCUCAAAUAGUUAGUAAGCAUGGUGAAUAAAAUCUUUUCAGAAACAGCCUUAGAAAAUCCUCAUCAGGUAAGAAUUGUAAAGAACAUGAUGACGUUUAAACCUUUAACCUCAGUGUGGUCCCCAUGAGUGUUCAUUAAUAUCUAUCUACCAGGAGAGUUUUCAAAAUGAAAAAUUGUAUCUGUUCAUGAAAACACAGCAGCAUGGCUGAUUGAAAUGAAAUCACUUUGAAAUGUUUGAUGAAGGGGGUCAGGAGGUGGGGUCCUAUUACCUGUAACACAGGAAGGAAGGAAGUGAACGGGGAGAGGAAACCAGUGUGGGGGCUGCAGGAUCAAUGGGCUUCACCUGAGUCAAAGAGAGUGGAAAUAAAGAAGUGUGGAAAACAAAAUGAGCAACAGCAAAACAAGAAGAGACUUGAGAGAAGGAUGUUCUGCUGAUGAGAGGGAAGACAUUGUCUGAAAUGAAUAAAACAAAUAGUGCACAGAUUUGAAAAGUAGGUCCCUUGAUUGUAAGCUUUGUUUGAGUGUCUGUUCUGUAUAAAAUGGUUUUAACUCAUGAAAUCAGCCCUGUAAUAAAUUAGCAUGUCUGUAAUGUACACACCCUUUCUGAUAACACUAGAACAUGUCUAGUUCUCAUAAUAUACAGCCUCCCCUAGACUGGAGGGACCACCCUUCACGUUCUCUUAGGGGGGGAGAGCAGUUCAGACUCUGUGCCUCAAGCUUGCUCUGAACUGGAGGGAAGAAAUCAGUUGGUGCUCAGAGACAAGUUUGUGGUUGAGGACUAAUGGACUUUGAGAUGUGGAUUAAUGCCCACGAAGAUCGAACUCCACCAAACUCACUUCCCUUGUGAACUUCUGAGGAUUCAGACCCACACAGAAGUGAAGGUCUAGUGCAGUCAAAUACAUACUGUAGCUAUAGAAGGAUUACUGUGACAAUGCCAUUCUCAAACUCCAGUCCCACUAACAACUCUCUCCUCUCCGCCCCUCUCACACUGAUUCAGCAGUUUCUGCUCGGGCUGCUUGUCUAAACCUGUCCUCAGUUCAAAAUCCUGCCUCUUAGAGAUUUACACAAUUCCAGGAAAUCAGCACAGUGAAGUUUCUGUUGUGAAAUCGUCAGUCUCUCUGUCUCACUGCAGCAAGAAUGGCUUCAAACUUGUGGUCAGAGGAUCAGUUUAGCUGUCCAGUGUGUCUGGAGCUAUUGAAAGACCCAGUCGCUAUUCCAUGUGGACACAGUUACUGUAUGGGGUGUAUUAAGAACUGCUGGGAUCAGACUGAUCAUACAGGUGUCUACAGCUGCCCCCAGUGCAGCGAGACAUUUACCCCAAGGCCUGUUCUGCGCAGAAACACCAUGCUGGCUGAAGUUGUGGAGAAAUUAAAGAAGACAGGACUCAAUCCUCCUCCUGCUCAAAGUUAUGCUGGACCUGGAGAUGUGCCGUGUGAUUUCUGCACUGGGAGAAAGUUCAAAGCUGUGAAAUCCUGUUUGACGUGCCUGGCCUCUUACUGUGAAACACACGUCAAGCCACACAGUGAGGUUACUCCAUUAAAGAGGCACAAGCUGAUCAAUGCAAUUGGAGAUCUGGAGCAGAAGCUUUGUGCUGAACACCAACGAGUUUUAGAGGUCUUCUGCAGAACUGAUCAGAUGUGUAUUUGCUGGCUGUGUACACAAAAUGAACACAAGAGCCAUGAUACAGUCUCAGCUGAGGCAGAAAGGAGUGUGAAACAGAAGCAGCUGGGAGAGACACAGACAGAAAUACAACAGAGAAUCCAGGAGAGACUGAAAGACGUGGAGGAGCUGAAACAGGCUGUGGGGUCACUGAAAAGUUCUGCAUGCAUAGAAAUAAAGGAAAGAGAGAAGAUCUUUACUGAGCUGAUCCGAUCCAUUGAGAAGAUCCACACUGAGGUUAUUGAGCUGAUUGGAGCUAACGAGAAGGCUGCAGUGAAUCAGGCUGAAGGACGCAUGAAGAAACUGGAGCAGGAGAUUGCUGAGCUAAGGAGGAGAAAUGCUGAGCUGAAACAGCUUUCAGAGACAGAGGAUCACAUCCAUUUUCUACAGAAUUUCCAGUCUCUCUGUGCCCCUCUUGAAGCUGGAGACUUACCCAGCGUUACUGUCAAUACAGACAUAUCUUUUGAGGCUGUGAGGAAAGCUGUAUCUGAACUUAAAGACCAUAUUGAGGACUUCUGCAAGGGGGAAUUAGUCAAAAUAACCACAACAGUGAAUGAAGUUGCAGUUUACAGUCUGCAGGCUCCAGAGCCAAGGAACAGAGCUGAGUUUUUAAAAUCAAAGGAAAAGUGUGAAGAGGAAAUGAAGGACCAGCCUCGACGAAGACGCAGUAAUGAGAUGGACCGUCCUAACAUGAAUGAAGUUGCAGUUUACAGUCUGCAGGCUCCAGAGCCAAGGAACAGAGCUGAGUUUUUAAAAUAUUCCUGUCAGCUCACACUGGACCCCAACACAGUCCAUAGAAACCUCUGUCUGUCUGAAGGGAACAGAAAGGUGACAUGGAGGAGAGAGACCCAGAGAUAUCCCGAUCACUCAGAGAGAUUUGAUAGCUGGCCCCAAGGACUUUGCAGAGAGGGUUUGUCUGGGAUUUGCUGUUACUGGGAGAUUGAGUGGAGUGGGGGAUCGCCUGAUAUAGGACUCACAUAUAAAGGAAUCAGCAGGAAAGGAGGGGAUCGUUCCUGUCGCCUUGGAUUCAAUGACAAGUCCUGGAGUUUGUCCUGCUCUGAUUCCAGUUACACUGCCCAGCACAAUAACAAUGAAACUGCAAUAACUGCCCCCCACUACCCCAGAAUAGGAGUGUAUCUGGACUUUAAUGCCGGCACGCUGUCCUUUUAUGGCGUCUCUGACACAAUGACCCUCCUGCACAGAUUCCAAACCACAUUCACUGAGCCGCUCUAUCCUGGGUUUAGGCUUUGGGUUUAUGAUUCCACUGUAACAAUCUGCCAACUGAACUAGACUGUUUUGUGUUGUAAGAAACCCUUUGAAUUGAACUCCCUGUCCUCUCCACUCCUCGGGUGAAGGGAAUGUUCAAUCUGACACAACUUUGGAUGAAAGUUAGGGGGUAAAACGGCGCCACCUGCAGAGCAAAACAAGGUGAAUUAUUGGUUUUUAGCAAUGAAUGAAUUUCAUACGAAAUAACUAUUUUUUUUUUUUUUUUAAGAAUUGUUAUGUUUUAUAUAUAUUUAAAGAAAUGGCAUCCAAUAGUCAGUGCCGAAACAGUUUUUAAAAAAGUGAACUUAAUUUGCUUUAUUGUGUGUGUGUUUUUGUUCUUUGAUUUCCAUAAAAUGUUUGUUCUGUUUAUUUUUUCAGAUUUUAGUAAUGCGAUUUAAUAAAAAAAUUA